UACUGUGAGACCCAUUCCUCUUUUAACCGAACAUUCGAAGCCUCAUAGUUGAAGCGUACGUACAGAGAAGAAGAAAAUAGUUUUGUAUUGACGCGUUGUCAAUCACCGAUGUACACGUUCGUUGAUCGUUCGAUCACAAGUUCGUGCAUGUCUACGAAAUUCCACGUAAGGUUGAACGAGAGGUCUCUGCGUCGCUUCGUGAUAUCGCAUUGUAUGCAAAUAGAGAUAAUAACUUACAACCUCAUAGCGACGUGAACGCUCACGCGAGCAGAGUAACGCUCGAACGAAAGAUGAUGCUCAAUAAGUUGAGCGUGCGACUACGAAGUGCCGGAAGAAAACUGCUUUUGGAUCGCGGUGAAACGUCUGUCGAGUGCAAGCAUGUCAGAACGAUACAUUUUAAGUAUUUCCCGAGCAAAAGGCCAAACGUGUCGGGCGAGACUCAAGAGAUGAAUAUGUAUCAAGCCAUAAAUCACGGGCUUACUCUAGCAUUGGAAAACGAUUCACGUACAGUGAUAUUUGGCGAGGAUGUGGCAUUUGGUGGUGUUUUUCGUUGCACAAUGAAUUUGAAGGAACGUUUCGGUGUUGAUCGCGUUUUUAACACGCCUCUCUGUGAGCAAGGAAUUGCCGGCUUCGGAAUUGGCUUGGCCAACGCGGGAAUAUCGGCAAUUGCCGAAAUACAAUUUGCGGAUUACAUAUUUCCCGCCUUCGAUCAGUUGGUAAACGAAGCGGCCAAAAUGAGAUAUCGAAGCGGCAAUCAGUUUGAUUGUGGCAAACUGACGGUUCGUACGCCUUGCGGAGCCGUCGGCCACGGUGGCCUUUAUCAUUCUCAAAGCCCGGAAGCUUAUUUCGCGCACACUCCCGGCUUGAAGAUCGUUGUGCCUCGCGGAGCAACGCAAGCGAAAGGUCUGCUGUUGAGCUGCAUAGACGAACCAGAUCCUUGUAUUAUAUUCGAGCCUAAGAUUCUGUACCGCACUGCAAUCGACGAAGUGCCCGUAGAACGUUACAAAAUCGAAAUCGGCAAGGCCGAGAUUGUAAGAGCGGGUGACGCCGUGACGCUCGUAGGCUGGGGCACUCAGGUGCACGUACUGCUGGAGACGGCCGACCUGGUCCGAGAAAAGCUCGACGUGUCCUGCGAGGUGAUAGACCUCGUUUCCAUCCUACCUUGGGACGCGGAACUCGUAUGCAAGAUGCUAGCUGCAAUUUUGUUUUCAAAACAAGUUAACGUUGCCGAUAUGUCAUUAAGACCAGUCUUGUAAAUCGCUAAAAAAGAAAUUAAUAAAAUUUGAACUAUGACAUAAUUUAAGCUGUAUUAUACAACAUUGUUUUUACACAUUGGAUAUUAAAUCUAGUAAACAUCCCUUUUUUUAAUACUUUGGAAUAAUUAAGAGAUAAAAGCGCGGAAUGGCAGAUGGUCGUUUUGAAAGGAAUCGAACAUUGUAGAAAAGGCAACAAUUCAAAUACCUGUUGCGACAGCAAAAUACUUAUUAAUAAAGAUUAAUUGUCGUGAAUAGCAUAGCAUCUCAUAAAUACAAAAGCGUAGGCUUUCCGCAGGCUGUAUCCGUAACGUAACUUCUGAAAGUUGCAGGGAAGGUCAGUGCAAGUCGAAAAUGUCAUACGAACCUGUAUCCGACGUUCAGUCUCUCCGCGCUCACUCAGUUAGUUAUCUAUAUUAAUGAUUUACAACAGGACACACACGUGCGCGCACGAACAUGCUAUGAUCCCGAUCGCCGGCCGUUCACGCGUGUGCAUUUCCACAGACAAUCGCGCGUAGACCUGUAUUUGAUAGCCGUUACAAAACGGCUCGUGCCGUCGUCGAGGCGUUAAUAUGCCCACUUAGCGACGCAUCGGCCCGCAUGCAAAUGUGUUAUUGUACCGCAACAAUAUGGGACGGGGAACGUAAAUCACGCGCGAAUUAAAUCCAGCGGACAGCCGGCGAUAUAUUAUCAUGCGUGAUAUGCGCGU